AUGACUCUCGCUGACGUUCUCCACCGCGGGCACUCCUCGCACUUGACUACGAACAAUGGGCAGGCGCUGGAGGACCGCUUCGAGGUGCUGAAGGACAUUGGUGAUGGAAGUUUUGGGAGUGUCGUUCUGGCACGCGUACGUGGUGCUGGCGCCAGCGUUGCGAGACGUGGAACAGUGAUUGCGAUCAAGACGAUGAAGAAGAACUUUGAGUCGUUCGCCCCUUGCCUAGAACUACGCGAAGUCAUUUUCUUGAGGACACUUCCACCUCACGUUCACCUCGUCCCUGCGUUGGAUAUCUUCCUCGACCCUUUCACCAAGAAGCUCCAUAUCUGUAUGGAGUAUAUGGAGGGCAAUCUCUAUCAACUGAUGAAGGCUCGGGACCACAAGUGUCUGGACGGCGGCAGUGUUAAGAGCAUUCUUUUCCAGAUCAUGCAAGGACUCGAGCACAUCCACGACCACCAAUUCUUCCAUCGCGAUAUCAAGCCAGAGAACAUUCUCGUCUCAACAUCAGGACAGCAAGAAUCCUCCAACAGCUUCAGGCGAUACUCGGCGCUCGUCACACCGCCAUCUACGCCACCAACAUACACAGUAAAGAUCGCCGACUUUGGUCUCGCUCGCGAGACUCACUCCAAACUCCCCUACACCACAUACGUCUCUACUCGAUGGUAUCGCGCACCGGAAGUGCUGUUGAGGGCAGGAGAAUACUCCGCUCCCGUGGAUAUUUGGGCAAUUGGUGCGAUGGCAGUUGAAAUCGCGACACUGAAGCCACUCUUCCCCGGCGGAAACGAGGUCGACCAGGUCUGGAGGGUGUGUGAGAUCAUGGGAAGCCCCGGGAACUGGUACAGCAAGAAUGGCACAAAGGUCGGCGGGGGUGAAUGGAAAGAGGGCGCAAGGCUUGCUGGCAAACUUGGUUUCUCUUUCCCAAAGAUGGCUCCCCACGCGAUGGAUACGAUUCUUCAAGCACCACAAUGGCCAGCUCCUCUCGCCCAUUUCGUCACGUGGUGUCUGAUGUGGGAUGCAAAGGCCCGCCCGACGUCGAGGGAGGCACUGGCGCACGAGUAUUUUAACGAUGCCGUGGAUCCUCUACGACCCAAGUCCUCGGCGUCGAGGAUGCUUGGUCGCAAACAGUCGGAUCUGAGCUACCGUGGUUCGAGGGACUUCUCAACCGAGACCCUAACCUCAUCCAAGCCUUCCUGGUUCAGGAAGUCCCUGAUCGGACGGUCGGAAAACUCGACUGCUUCGUCGCAGCCCAACUCUGGCAAGGAAAAUGUCGCCCCUCGCCCAUUACCAGUACACCCACAAAUCAUGAACGACACCGCCCCCGUCAAGGCGCGUCCACAACCCACCAAGCGCUCGACCUGGUCCAACAGCCCGUCGAACGCCGCGCCAAUGCCGAUACUCCCCUCCAUCAAACCCAUCUCCCCGCUAUCCGAUGCAGUUACCGCACAAGGUACUUCUAGGACGGCAUCCUUUGCUGGCCAGCGAGAGUCUGCUGCCGAUAAGGCCAGCCAGAAGAUUGGCCGCCAACUCUCGGUCACAUCUAACAACCACUACGAUGCCGAAGCGCACCGACAGCAGGCAGAGCGAGCUCUUAACGGUAACAGUGGACUCAUAUCUCCCCCAAGCGGCCAGAAGGAGAGUUUCUUCUCGCACCUUCGCAAGCGGGCAAAGAGGUUCUCAGGUCGCCAUCAGACUCCCAUGUCACCAACGGCAGAUGACGUCGAGGCGCAGGUAGGCUGUGGCCCAUGGCAGAGCAACAGAUCAUCGAUGGUUAUGGAUCCUACCCAGCUCCCAACGCCCUCGUACAAGGUGGACACGCACGAGGCGCUAGACAAGGCCCUGCGUGCUGUUCAAAAUAAUCUGGAAUCGCCAUCACAAGCCUCGGCGCCUAUGCCACCAGCUCACCAAAUCAGCCCCAGCACGAUCCUCAAGCGCCACCACUCCCUAAACCAGCAACCCCAGACUCGCUCAGUGGAUAACCUGAUUGGGGCUGCCCGCAGCGGCGGACCAGUGUCGAGCAGGACCAGGAGGGCACAGGCACACGGCGGAACCCGCCAGUACGAUGUCCCGGAUGAGGAAGAUGAACUCCUCGACGAGGCCCUGACAUCCGCCAACAAAGCGAUUAGGCGUAUGGACCGCAACUCCCUGACCGAAUAUAUCCAAAAGGGCGGCAACGCUGACCUCGAGCGCAAGCCCCUGCGGCAAUCACAGAGCAAGCCCGCCGUGCUGAACCCCUACCCUACACCCUCCCCGACUGCCAACGGCAACGCGGCACUAUUCUACGCCGAUGCCCCUGUCCGUAGCAACCAGACGCUCAAGAGUAACACACCGAGGGACGAUAAUGAUGCCAGGCACAAGUGGCCGACGCCACCGUAUGAGGGGAAUGACUGGUCGAAUUCGAUGGCUGCUAGUAUCUGGCAGGCAGGCAACCGCUUCUGA